UAUGAUACUGUUUUACUAUGUAAUAAAUCUUUUACUGGCAACUCAGUAUCAGCGGAGUUUUUCUUCACAACAUCUAAACACCAUCGCCACUAAAUAAACAACAAGAAUUUGGCGUCACGAACUUCGGAGGUGUUGUGGCUGGCUGCGUCGCCGACAGCCUCAGUGCGCUGACUCCCGCUCCAGGCCGGCUAUUCAGGUGAGCGCUGGGUUUUUUCGUUGAGGCUGUUGGAUGUUUGCUGUCUAGCUGCACCGUAAGGACUGUGUGUGGGGGCGAUGCUGUGUUGAUGUUUGGAGUGCUUCUCCGUUCUAAAUUGGGGUUUAUUGCGUUGUGCACGCCGCAAUAAAAGGGGGGAGUAUAAUAGUGAAAAGGAAAGCUGAUGCAAAAGUGUAGAAUAGCCUAAUUAGUAACGAUAAAGUGAGCUAAUUAACACCAUGCAAGAUUAAUAAAGGUUGGGCCCUUAUCGUCUUAACGGUAAGACAUGUGUAUAUCGGUCACUGCGUGAAAGUUGGCUCAGAGAAAUAGUCGGAUCAGGUGAGAAAAUAAAAAGGGGGAACGAGAAGUGAAAAGUAAAAGCCCAGGGCCCUGGGGAAUUAGAUUAAGGGGAAAAUAGUUUACUGGGAAAAAAAGAAGUUAAAGAAAAUAGAAAAGAGAUGUGAAGAGUUAAAAAGAAUAGAAAGGAUAAGAGUUAAAGAGAAUAAAAGAAGUUAAAGAGCAUAGAGAUGAUAUGAGUGAAAAGAGAAAUAAGAAAAGGGAAGAGAAUAGAGAUGAUAAGAGUUAAAAGUGAAAAGGAGCCGCAGAUUUGGACCAAAGCCCUCUGGGAGGCGGUUUUAGACGGGCCUAAAAUCCUGGAAAAUCACUAGGUGAAUUUCUGGGUCAGUUCUAAGGAACUGGAGGUGUGGAAGGGAAAAUUCAAUUAUAAAGUUCCCACUCGAACACUAGUUGACGAACAGUGUCUGAAGCAGCUUUUUAUUGAAUAUUCACACCUCAUAAAGGUAGCAUAAAUUUAGAAGAAAAAGAGAAAAAGGAGCGGCAGGAAAAAGCAUGCUAUAGGAUAAAUGUUUUGUUCUGUGUCUUCUGUGUCUGUGAGAGCGCUGUGUGUGCUUCUGUGUGAGGGGGAUUGGCCCCCCCCUUACUGGGCGUGUGCGGAGCUGGCUUCUCCGUAUGCGUAAAUGUAUGUGUGUGUGUGUGUGGUGCUUGACUUGGAGGUGCUCCAGCUGUGUGACUGGCUUUAAGAAUGUAUAAAUGAUCAAAUAUGAACCUCUAUGAGAGGGCAUUUCUCUGAUAUCGUUAAUAUCAUGAGCUUUCCUGGGGGACAUUGUUAGAUUUAAGAUUUAAGAUAAAGUUAAGAUUUAUGAGCCUCAUAAAGAAUAAGAGGACUUUUAUAAAUUAGUAUACAUGAGCCUCAUUCAGGGGACUUGAUAAUAAUAAGCUUCAUGAGCCCCCAAGAAGGACGUUUAUAAUUUUGGAGAUGAGUGGAGAGACCAGUGAGGAUGUUUGUGUGUGUGAGUGAAGAACAUUGAAUGAGUAUGUAAGGUGUUGGAGUGAAAUAAACUGAAAUGUCUUUUUUGAUGAUAAUUUGGUGUUUAAAGGAGGAAAACAUUUGUUAUAGAUAAAAAAUGAUAUAAGAGUGGGCAGAUAAGGGGCGUAAAUCAUAUUGGAUAGUUUUUGUGUGGUCCAUAAUACCUAGUGGGUUCAUUUGAUACUUGAUUCUGAUCUGUUUUUUCCUUUGUCCGCCUAUGGUGUGUGAGGAUUGGAGGGGACAGAGCUCCAGUGCUGACACGGAUUGACCGCAUACCCAUCUGGCUCCAAUCUGAUUAAGGCCAGUGUGUUUUAUCCACAAAACUCUUUUUGACAAAUACCUGCAGUUUAAAUAUAUGUAUGUAUGCUUAUUUAUAGUCAUUAUUGUUGAUAUAUAUACAAUCUGCUUCAUUUAUAGGCUAUUAUAAGAAUAUUUCUCUAUUUGGGGGUUAAAGAGUAUAACUAUGUGUUUAUAUGAUACUAGGGGCUGUAGUUUAAGGGAAAAAGAGAGGUUUGGCAACAGACUGACUGUUCAAUGCAUUUAAUUAAUUAAGGCAACAUACUUAUUUGGUUUAAACUCUGUUAAGAAUGGCAAAUAUGAGUUUUAUUGUUUGUGCAUGGUUUAUUCUGAUUUGAGCGGCACGGGGGAUUCAAUGUUGAGACUAUUGGAUGCUUUAAGGUGCAGGGGUUUGAACAUUGGGUGAUAAAUAGGUGAUUGUCUUGCUGCAAAUAGGAACACAUCGGGUGAUAGCUGGUCCCUUGUGGGUGUGUGAUUACUUUGAGCUUUGUAUAGGAUUAGAUUUUUAUUUGUUGGAUAUUUGAGGAAAUUUUAUUUGCAAUUAGGCAGAUUAUUUGUGUGUUUGGUCCAUAUUAUAGGUGGAUUUAUUGAAGUGAAUUGCUAAUUACAUUAAUGUUUCCGAUUUCUUUGGAGUUGGCAAAUUUCUUUCAUUUUUACUGAUGUGGUAAAUUAGUGGUUUGAAAAAGAGAGAAAGGGAGAACUAAUUUUAAUUUUAGUAAAUAGUCUUAAUUCACAAUAAGGGAACAUAAGGGAGUAGUUACAAUGUCGACAAAGGACAUUAAAAUUACAAAAGUAAUAACGCCUGUUGAUGUAGUGCAGAAGAAUAAUCCUUUAGUUAAAGGCAUUGCAAAGAUAUCGGAGAAAUGGCAUAAGCGUUGGUCUGAAAUUGACCAACCAUGGCCAGUGGAGGGGACCCUUAACCCAGAUGUAAUUAAAACAAUGCAGGUGCUUGUGUCCACAUAUAAGGCAAAUCAAAAGAAGGGUAAAAAGGGGGAAAAACGUAAAGAAAAGAGACAAAUAGAGCUUGGUAUUCUCCAGUUGUUUGAAAACGAGGGACAGAAAAGGAUAAAAGCGGCUAAAGAUAAGAGAGAUAGAGGUGCAGAAGAAAUAGGAGAAAAUGUAAAGGAAAGAGAAAAAUUAAUGGCAGAAAUUAAAGCACCUUUCUCACAUAUGGAUCCAGUAAAGAGACCCCCACCUUAUGAGAAGGAGGUGAAGUUUAAGGAAAUCUAUCCCCAGCUCCCAUUGAUCAGCCAGGAAGGUGAAUAUCGCAUCAGAGAUGAGGAUGACCGGAUAAUUGAAACAGGUCAAGCGGAAACAACUAUAAAGAUGUAUCCAAGUUCCAAAAGUAAGAAGAAAAUGACACGGUUGGAAACCAAGGGGGAACUGAGGAUCAGGAGGAUGGAAUCGGGAGAUGAUGGCGAUCAAAGUGACCUGGAAGGGAUCAUGGGUGGAUAUGACCCUGCAGUCAGGCGAAUAUUGAUGAGAGCGGAACAGAGGGGAGAUAAAACAUGGAGGAAAGAGGACUUAGGAGAUGAUAGUUCUAACGAGAGCGAGGAUGGAGACAGUGAUGAAGACUCAGAGAGUGAGGGUCUUUUGUCUUCGAAAGGGUUUUUUCCAGCGGCAUCUAGUACCAGAAUAGGAGAGGAUAAAAAGAGAGCUUUAAGAGAGGUUGAGAGAAGUAUAGAUCAAUGCCUUUCGUACUUGGAUAAAUCCAUUAAACCAGAAAGCCGAAAAGCACUGGAGAACCAAUUAAAGGAGCUGCAAAUUCAGAAGAAAGAGUUGCGGAAAGGAGGCUCCCAAAAAGUGGAUGUGAAAUAUGCACUGCGCACAAGAAAAGGGAAGACACACGAGAAGAUGUGUCCAGUGGUCAUCCGAGGACAGAGCUUGGAAUACAAGCCUUGGCAAAACACAGAUAUGUCAGAUAUACUUGAGAAGUUACCUACUCUUCAGGAUGGAGCACAUCCUUGGAUUUCGAAGUUGGAAGAGAUCAUGGUGGGGACACAGCCUGCAAUAGGAGAUAUUAAGAGACUUUUGGCUAAUCUCCUUGGAGUCCCAGCCAUGGAAGAGAUUCUACAGAAAGCAGGACUUAAUCGAUAUGUGGGGACUGCUGUGAAUGAUCCGGAGCUGUUUUCUGCAAUUAGAGGUCGAGUAUGGAGAGCGCUGAGAGAUACAUUUCCGACAAAUGUACAUCCUGAUAAUAUUCUUAUUGAGCCACUGGGACAGGAAGAAAACCCAAGGGCCUAUGUGUCAAGAGCCCAUCAAGUGUGGAGAAAUGUUACAGGAAAUGACCCGGAUUUGAAUCAAAUGGAGCACUAUGAUUAAAGAUACUGGGAAUGCUCAACUUCAUUGUAACCUUUCUUGGACACAGGAUGGCCUUUUGGCAUUUGAGACGAUCAAACAGAGGUUGCAAGAGG